AUGGCUACCAUUCAGGAUUUACUGGCAAAUGAUACAUCCGCGGCAUCCCAGUCAACGCAGUAUGUGAACACGGUUGAAGCAUACGACAAAUGGGCAGAGGUCUACGACACAGAUGGGAAUUUUCUUCAACGCCUUGACACAAUCGAGAUGCGCUCUCUACUCCCUCGAUUCCUCGAUUGCGUUAAGACCCACGUGCAGGACCAGUCAGAAACAGGAACCUCCAAACCCAGUUUAGUAGAUUUGGGAUGUGGCACAGGUCGGAACACAAUACAAUUACUCGACAUCCUGUCCGCCAACAAAACCGAUACCUUCAAUGUUGUUGGGCUCGAUGCUUCACCCGGCAUGCUAGAAGUAGCGCGGGGUGCAAUCAAGGAGUAUGCGACGAAACGGGAAAUCCCACAAGAGGUGUCUUUAGGGAUUAUCGAUCUCCUGCAACCUGUAUCAUUGCCCCACUUGCCGCCUUCCCUAGGCAAAGGAGCUGCAGGUGUGAUAUCAACGCUUGUGCUAGAGCACAUCCCGCUUGCACUAUUCUUUGUGGCUGCGUCGGCAAUCAUGAGACCUGGCGGGUAUCUUCUGGUGACGAACAUGCAUGCUGAAAUGGGCAUGCGAAGCCAAGCUGGGUUCACUGAUCCACAGAGUGGAGUCAAGAUUAGGCCUACGAGUUAUUGUCAUACUAUUCCCGAGGUUUUGGAGGCAGCCCAGGAUGCAGGAUUCUCAGUCCAGGAGAUUUCUGGAGCAAGUGAAAAUGGAGAUCAUGGCGACGGGGUGCUGGUUCGAGGGGUGGAUGAGAGUUUGGGGCUUGUGCUGGGGCCGAGGGCAAAGAAAUGGGUUGGGGUCAAGGUUUGGUUUGGUGUUUGUUUCAGGAAGACGAGUUAG